UCGCGCUACCCUUAGAAGAUCAACCUGAAAACACACAGUGCUGCUUUACCGCACGCGCCUCGCUUCUGUACUCCUUCACGCCUUCGAACUGCAAACCCAACAUAUCCAAGUCCUCGAAAACACAAUCGCCUUCAUCACCGAUAUCAGAUCUCUCGGCACAGCCUUAUCCAAAAGCUCCUUUGACAACCGCAUUGCAACCUACAACUUCAUCCUCGACCAGUGGCUCGACCCCAUAACCAUAUACCUCACAGCAGAACUCGCCUAG